AUGGCGCCCGCUGCCAAUAACGCCAGGCGUGUCCACUUCGACCUCCCGUUAUCCCCCGCCUCCACCAUCAGCUCAUCAGGCCCACGAACGCCCUCGACGGGACCAUCCUACGCCCGCCACAUCAUCCCUCUUCCCGCCGUCUCCCCGGAUUUUCCCUCCAUCAAUCUCCCCGUCUACCCUCCAUCGCCAAUCUUUGUACCCAUCUAUCAGCCAUUCUACCCUCUGGUGCCCGCGCCAGCGCCAGUACCCUCACAGGCGAGCCUGCGCCCACAAGUGCAAGUCAACCUGAAGCUCGCUGCGCCCGGCCCUGGAGAGCGCGCCCUGGUUGACUGGGACCUUUGGAUGCGCCCCAGCAAGGCAUCAGAGCGCCGCGCAGGUGGCGCCCAGGCGGCUGCGCAACGCUACGCCGGCCUUUCGAGCGCACUCCUCGCUGAACCCGCUACGACCCCCGGUGUGGCGCAGCUCACCCUUUCCGUCGCGCACCCCAAUUUCCAAUGGACCAUCCCCGUGAACGCGCGUGGCGAGCACGUCACGGUCGACGAUGUACUCAUUGCUCUGUAUGAUGCCCUCCAAUUACCAGUGAGGACGGCAGAAUGGCGCGAGGCGGAGCGCGCGCGCAUUGACAAGGCUAUCGCGAAGUCGUUCCGCGACCGCUGCAGACAGGUGCCCGGCAACAUGACCCCGCAGGCAGCGGAGCAGCUGGGGGUGAAGCGCAUCGACUACCUCACGACCAGCCGGCUCUUCGCUGGGCUUGAAGUCGCUAACAGCGAGUGCGGGGCGAAAUAUGGAGAGGUGGACGGCGUCGAGCUACGGCUGCAGCUCCGGGAUGUGUGA